AACAUUAUUGAUUUUUGUCGGAUCUUGUUUCUACUUAUAAUACUAUAUUUUUCUUUCACUUGCCGAGAAAUUGCUAUCGUUUUCUAAAUAACCCUAUCCAUGUAUUCACUUGUAUCUCCACCCUUAUAUAUAUCUAUCUUCAUCUCCUCUUGUUUUUCAAGAAAUAAUCACAACAAGCUCUCUGCUUCAACAAUGGCCGCUUGUAUUCAAACAAAGCCCAUUUCUCAGAACCCUAACAGGUCCAAAAUCGAUGACCAUGUUUAUGAUUAUGCAAAAUUAUACCGACCCAGUUUCCAAGAUUAUGAAUCUUGCUUGCCCUUUUCUCAGAUUCCUGAGAAGAUGUCUGGUUUGAGUUUUGUUGAAGAUGGUGAUCAAGAUUUUCUUUGGAGGACAAUGAGAGAAGAAGCUAAGCUGGAUGUUGAACAAGAGCCCAUUUUGUCAGCUUACUAUUAUAGCUCAAUCUUGGCUCAUGAAUCUCUGGGAAGAGCUUUGGCUAAUCAUUUGUCGAUGAAAUUGAGUGAUGCAAGUUUGCCUAGUGGGUCCUUGUUUGAUCUUUUUGUUGAGGUGUUUACUGAGGAUCAAGAGAUUAUGAAAUGUGUGAGAUAUGAUAUUGUUGCUGUGAGAGAGAGGGACCCUGCUUGUAUAAGUUAUGUGCACUGUUUCUUGAAUUUUAAGGGCUUUUUGGCUUGUCAGGCUCACAGGGCAGCACAUAAGUUAUGGUCACAGAAUAGGAAAAUCUUGGCACUUUUGAUUCAGAAUAAGGUGUCUGAGGUUUUUGCUGUGGAUAUUCACCCGGGGGCGAAGAUCGGGCGAGGGAUAUUGCUUGAUCAUGCUACUGGAGUUGUUAUUGGAGAGACUGCUGUAAUUGGAGAUAAUGUGUCAAUUUUGCAUAAUGUGACAUUGGGAGGUACUGGUAAGGCUUGUGGAGAUAGGCACCCGAAGAUCGGUGAUGGGGUGUUAAUAGGUGCAGGGACUUGUGUUUUAGGGAAUGUUAAGAUUGGUGAUGGUGCUAAAAUUGGAGCUGGUUCAGUAGUGAUUAAAGGCGUGCCUGCUCGAACAACUGCAGUUGGGAACCCUGCUAGGCUAAUUGGAGGGAAAGAGAAUCCAGUUAAGCUCGAUAAGAUUCCUAGUCUUACUAUGGACCAUACUUCACAUAUUUCUGAAUGGUCUGAUUAUGUUAUUUAGAUUGUACUUAAUUUGCUUUUAGUCUUACUUAGUUAUAUGCUGUUGUUUACCAUGUACAAUUGAGAAUUGAGGUUCUCUUGUUAUGCUUGUUCUAGAGGACUGUCUUGUAAUGUUUUACUCGACUACUCGUCAUACAUAUAUAUAAGUAACACCCUUUGGUCUC